AUGGUGAUGAUCGGUAAGCUCGACUGCGAACGAGUUCAAAAACCUUCACUCGAAUCGAAUCAUAGGGAAGUUCGAUUAGUUGAAAAUGGUCCAUCUUGUCAUUCGAAAAAUUCGAAAAAAACAAUCGAAAAAGCUAGCAACAUUGCUCAAAAAGCUGCAGAGGAGGCCAAAGCUGCAUCAGAAGCUCAGAAUAUUGCUGGUCAGCAAGCAGCACAUCAAGUGAAAGCACAAUUGGCGGAGAAGGCGUUACAAGCUGCGAGAGCUGCUGAAGCAGCAUUAUCGGGAAAAGAAGCGAUGGUUCAACAAUUGCAAGAAGAAGUUAAGGAAUCACAAACGGUCGUUCAAGAAGAAAUGGCAUCCUUGCAGCAAGCGAAAUCUAACGUUAACGCUGCAGUCGAGGCUGCAAGAGAAUCACAAGAGCAGCUGAAGACGCUCACACACGCAAUGCAAACGGCUAAGAGAAACGCAGCUAAUUCCAAAUUGGCAGCAGACGGUGCACAGAAGUCUUUACACGAGAAGGAAGAAUUACUCGAGGCAGCUAAGAGACGUCUCGAAGAACUGAACAGCGAAUUACGAGUUGCCAAACAAGAUUUAAUAAAUACGAAUCGAGCAGCGGCCAAAGCAAACGAGGCUGCACACGAAGCCAAAGCCAAUGCAAAUCGCAACAAAAGAAAAUCCUUGUUACGUGCAAAAACCUCGAAGGAUAGGUUAGACGGGAGUUUAAAAAAUGUAAAUCAAAUCGUCGAUAUUGCUCAAAAAGCUGCAGUGGAUGCCAAAGCCGCGCAGGAUGCUCAAAAUAUUGCAGGUGCACAAGCAUCUCGUCAAGUGAAAAAUCAAUUGGCAGGAAAAGCAAUACAGGCAGCAAAAGCAGCAGAGGCAGCACUUGCUGCAAAAGAAGCAAUGGUAGAACAACUCGAACGAGAGACAAAGGAGGCAGAGACCGUAGUUCAGGAAGAAAGUUCUUCGCUACAACGUAAUCAAGAAAAUGCGAAUAUUGCAAUACAAGCAGCACGACAAGCUCAAGAACAAGUCAGAACGUUGACGCAAGCAAUACAAAUAGCAAAUCUGAAUUUGGGAAAUGCACGAACGACAGCCGAAGGUGCUCAGAGAGAAUUCGAAGAAAAGCAAGAUCUUCUCGAGGCAUCGAAACGAAGAGUAGAAGAUCUAAUAAAACGUUUUGAUUCAGCUAAGAUCGAAUUAGCAAACACAAAGCGAGCUGCUGACAAGGCCACUGAAGCUGCACGUCAGGCCAAGGUCAACACAGAUCGCAACAGGCGUAGAAAAAACUUUUACCAAGAUUGAAUUGGAGUAAAGUCGGAGGUGUCUCUUUUUCUCCUUCCUUCUUUUUUCAUCUUUUGUAAAUAAACGUGAAUGCAAUGUUGUUUCUUUUUUUUCUGUUUCUUUUUUUUAUUAAAUAAUAAUUUCAUUUAUUCACAAUCUUUACAAGAAAUUAAACAAAGAUGACAAUUGUUUUGUUUUUUAUUUAGAUAUGAAAUGAUUAAGAUUUAAU